CUCUCUACAAUUACCAAACUUAAGAAUACGCUUUUCAAACUAGCAGCAAGAAAUCUUUCUUUCAAGAGUAGAAUUUUAAUUGCAAAGUCUCUAAUACUUUUCCACAUUUGGUAUACAGCCUAUAUUCUCUCUCCAAGAAAAAAACAAAUAUCAAAGACAAAUGAUCUAAUGAUCUUUUGGAUCAAGGGCAAUUCCAAGAUACUUCCAAAAUAUGCAACUUAUCAGCUCUCUUAUGAAAAAGGUGGCCUUCAAACCCCAAUAGUUGGGAAUAUGCUAGAAGCCAGAAUGAUCACAACAUAG